GUCCACAUGAUUUUUCCAUAAAGCCACAACAUACAUGUAGAGAGACGCAUUAUAUGAUGUUAUGCAGGCCAUUAGUUAAUGACACUGGUUCAGUGGUGAAUGAUCACUGUCCGUGUUCUCCAGCGAUGUUUCCUGUUUGCUGCUGUCCGCUGAGAGCCGCUCUUUGCUCUCUUCUCUAUAAAUGUGUUUCUCUGUUUGAUUCUCAGGAGUGCGAGACCCGUUUACCCGGACGGUAUCAGGUGGGUCAGUCCACGGGUCGCGUAUCAGAAUGAAGUGAGCGUCAAAGGUAGAGCUCAUUAGCGCUGGUCACCGGCUCCGAGCGCAGCAGGAGAAAGAACACAAGUCCAGCGGCACGCAUCACUCAAACUCAAUAACCCCUUCCCCUCUGAGCUCUUACUGACGCAGACAGACAGCGCUGUGUUUGAGCUCUCCCUGCCACUGUUUGGCUGAUUUCAUGAUGCGUGUGGGUUUUGUUCAGAGGCAGUGAUGUGAAAUGAGCUUCGGCCGCUAUAAAGUGCAGCGAGCAGUGGAGUUUCUCAGCGUUUUCUGGGAGAAACGUCCACAGAGUGCGACGAGCGGGAGACGCUUCAGGGAGGGAGUUUAUCGGCCGUGUGUUAUUCGAUGAUUGCGCGUGAGGAGAUUCACACGGUGAAACAUGAGAUCACGGGUUCCUCUGCAGAUCCUGCUGUAUGCCACAGUCAUCAGAAGUCUGAAAGUGGUGUCCAAACGCGGCUCAGUGGACGGCUGUACGGAUUGGUCUGUGGACUACCUGAAAUACAAAGUUCUGCUCUGGGAGCCUGUGAGGAUUAAAUGUGCUUUAUUUUAUGGAUACAUUCGUGCGAACUACACACAUGCUCAGAGUGCUGGACUCAGUCUGAUGUGGUACAAAAGCACCGGCCACGGAGACUUCGAGGAGCCCAUUUCAUUCGAUGGGAGCCGGAUGAGUAAAGAGGAGGACUCCAUCUGGUUCAGACCGGCCGAGUUACAGGACGCCGGACAUUACUCGUGCGUGUUGAGGAACUCCACGUACUGUAUGAAAGUGUCGAUGUCGCUCACGGUGUCCGAGAACAACACGGGUCUCUGCUACAACUCCAAGAUGAGGUACUUUGAGAAGGCCGAGCUGAGUAAGAGCAAAGACAUCCUCUGUCCUGACAUAGACGACUACAUACAGACCGGAAAAGAGCCAGAGAUUACAUGGUACAAGGAAUGCCGGCCGAAACAGUGGAGACAGAGCAUCGUCAGGAAGGUGGAUGUGCUCUCCAUCAAAGACGUGCGGGAAGAUGACAUCGGGAAUUACACCUGCGAAUUACAGUUUGGGAGUUUUGUGGUGAGGAGGACCACUGAGCUGUCUGUCACAGCACCACUGACUGACAAGCCUCCCAAGAUCCUCUACCCAUCUGAAAAUAAGAUGAGCGUCAUGGAGAUGCAGCUGGGCAGCCCAGUGAACCUGACAUGCCGAGCGUUCUUCGGCUACAGCGGGGAUGUGAGUCCUCUUGUCUACUGGAUGAAGGGAGAGAAGUUCAUUGAGGAUCUGGAUGAAAACCGAAUCAGAGAAAGUGAAAUUAAAACUAUUCGGGAGCACUUAGGAGAGCAGGAGGUGUCCAUCUCACUGACUAUAGAUGCCGUGGAGGAGAGUGACCUGGGAAACUACUCCUGUUAUGUGGAGAAUGGGCACGGCAGACGACAAGCCAACAUCCAGCUCAGCAAGAGGGCAGAACUCAUGUAUACGGUGGAGCUGGCUGGAGGUUUGGGAGCCAUUCUGCUGAUGUUGAUAUUUUUGGUGUCCCUGUAUAAGUGUUACAGAAUUGAACUCAUGCUCUUCUACAGAAAUCACUUUGGCAGUGAGGAUGUGGAUGGAGAAAAUAAAGACUACGAUGCAUACGUGUCCUACACUAAAGUGGAUCCAGAUCAGUGGAGUCAGGAAACCAGAGAGGAGGAACGUUUUGCUUUGGAGAUUCUGCCAGACAUUCUGGAAAAGCAUUAUGGGUAUAAACUCUUCAUUCCUGACAGGGACUUGAUCCCAACUGGAAGUUUCAGCAAUGAUCAUUUCCAGGAUGACACAAGACUCCUUAGAGCCUACAUCGAGGAUGUGGCUCGCUGCGUCGACCAGAGCAAACGUCUCAUCAUUGUCAUGACGCCCAACUACGUGGUGAGGCGUGGCUGGAGCAUCUUCGAGCUGGAGACACGGCUGCGCAACAUGCUGGUCACCGGCGAGAUCAAAGUCAUCCUAAUCGAAUGCGCUGAGCUGCAGGGAAUUAUGAACUACCAGGAAGUGGAGGCUCUCAAACACACCAUCAAACUGCUGACGGUCAUCAAGUGGCCGGGACCCGAGAGCAGCAAGCUCAACUCCAAGUUUUGGAAGCAUCUGCAGUACGAAAUGCCCUUUAAGCGGCCCGAGCCCAAGCUGUCGCAUGAGCAGGUGCUGGAUGUUAGCGAGCAGGGCCCAUUCGGAGAGCUGCAGACCGUCUCUGCCAUCUCCAUGGCUGCAGCCACUUCCACCGCCAUGGCCACUGCGCAUCCCGAGCUGCGCUCCACCUUCCACAACACAUACCACACGCAGCUGCGGCAGAAGCACUACUACAGGAGCUAUGACUACGACAUUCCCUCGUCCGGCACCCUCCCGCCACUGUCCUCGCUGGGCAGCCAGCACACCUACUGCAACAUCCCCAUGACUCUGCUGAACGGCCAGCGGGUGCAGGGGAAGCUGGCCCGCGACCAGCAGCAGGCCCUGGAGGAGCAGCAUGUCAACAACGCCAUGCUGCCGCUGCUGCCCCGCGAGACCAGCAUUUCCAGUGUGAUCUGGUGACGGCGUCGGGAAUGGACAUUUCUGUGAAUGCCACUUAUUAAGACCCUUAAAAACUGCUGCUGUUGACUUUGCACCAUGAUUCACAGGGGUUCAAAACUGAAGGGAUGUGAUGAAGACAGGCCGACAGGGAGGUUCCUUUUCUCACAAACAGCUCAUUCAUACUCUUUCAAGGAAUACAGGGUCUUGUACAUAUGUUUGCAGUUUCUUUGUAGCAUUGGAAUUUUUUCAGUUUUGAUCUUGUUUUCUUUUUCAAAUGUCUGAUUUGUCCUUUUCCCCUUAUGAAAUGACUGAGCAGAGACACGUGUAAAGAGUAAAGGCUGACCUGUUGUGUUUUUCUCUUGACUUGUUUUCAAGUACAAUACUUGUUUUCUAAGUCAUUAUAGAAUUUGUGGCAUUGUACUGUUUUUUCUUUUGAGGGUUUUUUUUUUUAAGGGUCAGUCAAUGAGAUGUAUCUACUUUGAAGAAAAACACCAUUAUGCAAAUGCUCCUGAGGCCUGAAAACUCUUCUUCUUGCUGAAUGAAUGACUGAGCAGAUGACAUACAAGAGGAAAAACUAGAUGUCGUAAUGAUGCUCUAGUGUCUCUGCUGCUCUCUGUUUCUCUCUCUAAGCUGUUGAGACUUUCUGUUAGAAAAGAAAGAAAAAACAGCUUUGCUGUACAGCUUGAUAGAGAGAACUUAAGAAAAAUUUAUAAAUUAUUUUAAAAGAAAAAAAAAAUCUAUUUUAUAACAAAAGGAUUUGCUUGGAAAGACACAGUAGGUCAUUUCAUUCAUGUCAUUACUGGAAGCACUGGAGGGACAUUUUGGCUCACCAAUUUUAGAGAAAAAAGAAUACAAGUAUUUUUAAUGUUUCUGUCUAAUCAUGGAUGAGCAAGGGAAAACCAGUUGUUUUUAUUUUCCCCAUGAUACUGGAAUUUAUUUUGAGUGUGCAUAAUGACUAGAUAUGUAAUUUAGGUAACACUUUAUAAUAACAUUCUGUUAUAAGUCAUUUAUAAAUUAUUAGUUAAUGAUGAACUAAUCAUUUACAAAACAUGACUAUACUUUCAUAAAUGA